AAGACUGGAGUCCACUAGAUCAACGCUAUUGUUCCAACAAGAGAACCUUGUGGAAGGGGUCAGGCUUUUGGCACUAGACAGAUCUCCAUAAAUACAUACUGUAUGUAUUAUUAUACUCUUCACUCACUGUAAACCCUAGAAAAUUAACUCCCAAUUACAUACCAAACUCUACAUCUAUCUAUAAACGAUCUGCAAUGGGCUUGAUCAAAAGUAGUUUCUCAUUCAUGGUAGGGACAGCGGUCGGAGUCUACGUCGCUCAGAACUACAAUGUUCCCAACAUUCAGAAGCUUGUCAACACAGGGAUUUUGAUUGCGAAGCACAUCGAAGAGAAUUACCGGAAGCCGAAGAAGAGAAACGAAGACGAUUGAUUUCCAAGAUUCUCUUUUUGUGUGCCUUGGAUGAAUCGAAAGAAGGUGGAGGGGAGCAAGGACAGGAAGAUUGUUCCUGGAAGUGGCUUCAUGUUUGAAGUUGGAAUUAAAGCGUACAUUCUGGUGGGGAAAUUACAGGCGUGACUGUGAUGCUUUCAAAAUUAUUAGGUCAGUAAUUUAACUGCUUACAUAAUGAGUACUUUUCUGUUAUUUAUCCUUGAAAAAAAAAAAGAAAAAAAAAAAAAAGAAAAAAAAAAAGGUACUUUUCUGUCACUUCCAUCUUGGGAUAGAGGUUUUUCAUUUGUGCAUAUAAAAUUUUGUUAUAUACAUUUCUGAAAUGAGAUAUUCACUGAUCCUUGGUGCCAAGUUCACAGAGUCUGUUAUCUAGAUUUGGACAUAGACUGUAUAGAGAACUUGGGUUGCCCAAACAAGCUCCAUUGUCUGCUAUAAUCCAAAAUGGACAAUGGAACUUCCCAAGGAACUUUGCUUUCUCACUUAAGCUUCAUCAUGGUAAGGACUCUUAUCACAUGGAAACAUGGGGCAUUCUCAUUCAAGAAUGUGUGGGAUAAGUUUCGGAUACAACAUCAGAAAGUUCAAUGGUUUGGUCUAUGUUGGAGUAGAUGCAGGCCUAGAGCAGCUAUUACCUGCAGUCUAGCAGUUCAGAAUAAGCUCUUAUCCUUUGAAAACCUGAGGAAGAGAGGUCUACAACUCACUGCUGUUGGUCACAACUGUAUGCUUGCUGCUGAUGAUGUUGACCACCUGUUUGUUACCUGCCUUCUUGCAGCAGCUGUUUGGAGCUGGUUCUCAGACCUAUUGGGAUGAAAUUUACCUCAAUGUGAUACAUUGGACCAACUUGUUGCCUGGUUUAGUAUCAAAAAGUUAAAACACAAAGCUCAGAAAUGAAUUUUUGCCACCGUUAUUUGGCAACUGUGGCAGGAGAGGAACUCAAGACUGCACCACAACACUAAGAGAACUUUUGAAGACAUUUCUAGAGGUGUCAGGUGUGUGGUGGGAGGUCCUGUUACUUGCUGAUAUGAACAUGGGAGAGCUUACCUCCCAUUGAUGUUUCUUUCUACUGUUUUCUUAUUUCACGUCUUUCUUGAUACAAUUUACUGAGGUUUCCAACUCCUUUGCUGUUAGUUUUGUUCUUGCUGUUCCAAGGGUAUGCCCUUCUAGUUGACCUGUACUAUAGGUUCAUUAUCUAUAAAAAUUUUCCAACUUUACCCAGGGAAUUUUUUUUACCUUACAUUGUUUUAGAUCUAUAGUCUAAGUUUGACCACAGGAGAUGUCUCUAGAAAUAAUGUAUUAUGUCCUCACUGUGUUGGUUAGGCAAACAGUUACACACCCACAAAUGCCACUAUGAGGCUCGAAUCCCUCACCUCCCAUUUGAGGGAGGAGAGGUUCUACCAGCUGGGCUAAUAGUCCAGUGGUUAUUCUGUCCUUACUCCUUACUGUUAAGCUAUGAGCUAUGUCACAGGCCUCAGAUGCUGCUGCUAAAUUGAUCCAUGGCAUUGCCUUGUUAAACCUUUCGAGUCUUUGUUCAUAUCAAUGUUGCAGCCGUGCAUACCCAUAUUUAUUUGUUAUUUUUCAAGUGCGCGCUUAUGGCUUUGGAGUAGAGAGCUGUUGGCCCUUUCCCUAUGGGUAUGGGAAUUUGGGUUGAGAAAACUGGUUAACAUCACAGUGGACUGAUAAAUGACAUUUAUGUAUCCAAUUGCACCAAUGUUCAUAUAAAUAAUUUUACUUAAAGGAGGAAGUUUGUAGUUUGCAUGUGUCAUGUCUUGGAGGAUUCUUCAUCAGAUCUCUGAUCACGUUUGUCUUGAAUUCCAAGAGACUAUUUUUAUCUAUGUUCGCAAUGCUGAUGCAUCAUAUUUUCUGCAGAUCUUCAUCUAGCCACUUGCGAUAAAGAUCAACUCCUAACCACACCAUAUCGAUCUGCUGCUUUUAUGAUGUUUAUCAAACCUCCUUUAGCACUUAGGUUUUUUUUCUACGAGGUUGACAUACAAGAGGUCUUCACUCACACUUCUUACCAACCUGUCUGCCAUGUGCUUUUCAAUGUCGGGAAGUUCAAUGGCGAUGCUUGUUAGGGUAACCACUAGGGAUGGCAAUGGGGCGGGGAUCUCACUCCCCAUCCCCAUCCCCAGUCAAAUUUUUUACCCCCAUCCCCACCCCCAUACCCGUUUAAUUUUCAACCCCUUUCCUUAUCCCCGGCCCGCCCCGCCACAUUAGCCCCCAUCCCCGUCCAAACCCGCCCUGCAUAACAUUUUUUAAAUUCCAAUUCACCUUCAACAAAAUCAAUAUAGCCAUAAUAUUUUUCAAUCUAAUAAUUAAAUAAAGUUUCAGCACAAUUAUAACAAUUUAAAAUAUGAUCAGAUGUUUGAUGCACAAUAACAAUGUUUUUUCUCUAUGCUGCAAGGGAAUAGAUAUAGGGUUUCACUUUUAGAAGUGAAUAUAUUAUAUAUAUAGUUAUGUAAUUGAGUAAUAUUUUAUAACAUGUAAGGACAAUUUUAUAAAAAUGCACUAUAAAUGGGGCGGGGUUAUCCUCCCCUGCCCCCACCCCAUCCCCCGCAGGGGUUUCAAAUACAAUCUUCAUCCCCUCCCCAUUUACAUAAAUGGGUUCCCAAACCUGCCAUAAACAGGGCGGGAUGGGGCUGGGACCCGCUGGGUAUGGGGAUUUUGCCAUCCCUAUUAAUCACAAGAAGAGUCCAACAAUUAGGAGGUUCUUCAGACUCGAGAUGGAACUUGGUAGCUGUCAAACUUUGCUAUCCACUUGAAGCUGGUAGAUUUCUCUAAAAGCUCUUUCGGACAUUUUGGCUGCUGUUUUUUACCUAUCUGAAUGAAAACAUCAGUUGCAUUUCUGUUAUUCUUCAUGAUGUAUAGAGGUAGCUCCUCCUCACCUUCAAGAUGCAAAACAUAAUGGCUAAC